AUGGAUUAAAAGCAAGAUCAUGCAAAUACCAUUCUGACUUAAUUGGAGUCAGCAGAAACCCUAAACUCUCUGGAAGUGGCUAAAUCUUUGUCUAUUAAUCAUUAAGAUCUUGUUGGGUGUCUAUUGCAAUUAGAAUCUGCAAAUUAUAUUAAGACAGAAGGAUUAAAAUAGGAUUAAUUGAUCUUAACUGAUGAAGGCAAUACCAUAUUAAACUCUCAAUCAGGAGAGUAUGAAAUCUAUUAGAAAGUACCAGAAGCAGGAAUAUCAAUGGUUGAUUUAUAAAAGGUAUUUGGAAUUGAACAAGUGCCUAAAGUGAAAUAGGAAUAAGGAGAAAAGAAAGAAAAAUAAGUUGAAGAUCCAAAAAAAAGGUAAUUUGAUUAAGGUUUUGGAAAUGCUAAGAAGAUGGGCUAUAUUAAGAUGGAUAAAGGAGUGAUAACUAAAGUUGCUAAUGAUUUGCCUGAUAAAAUUAAAUUGGAAUUAUAAUCAUUUAACACUAUUAAAUUAGGCUCAUAAUAAGCUAAAUUAUUAGUUGAAAGGAAACUCGCUAUGAUUUCUACUAUUAAAUAUUUUGAAAUCAAAAAAGGGUUUAAAUACGCUCCAAAAUUCAGAGAAUAAUUUGCAGCUUUAACUACAGAGUAAUUAUUAAGUGGAGAGUGGAAAGAGUGUGAAUACAAAAGCAUUAAUUUAAAUGCUGAAGGAGAAAAGAUUUCUAUGGGUAAUUUGCAUCCACUUUUAAAGGUAAGGAAAUAGUUUUCAUAAAUACUUAUUGGAUUAGGAUUUGAAGAAAUGCCAACCAAUCAAUUUGUGGAAUCUUCUUUCUGGAAUUUCGAUGCUCUAUUUUAACCAUAAAAACAUCCAGCAAGAGAUGCUCAUGAUACUUUCUUUUGCAGCGAUCCAGAAUUGAGUGAAGAGGUUGACACAACUCUUAGAGAUAAGGUUAAAUCUAUGCAUUAGACAGGAGGUGUUGGUAGUAUUGGGUAUCAAUAUGAAUGGUCACAUGAAGAAUCCAGAAAAAAUAUAUUAAGAACUCAUACAACAGCUGUCUCUUCCAAAAUGUUAUAUAGAAUUGCAUAACAAUAUAAAGAAAAGGGUUACUUCCCAAAGAAAUACUUUAGUAUUGAUAAAGUGUUUAGAAAUGAAACUUUAGAUGCUACUCAUUUGGCUGAAUUUCACUAGAUUGAAGGAGUUGUCAUUGAUAAGAAUGCUUCAUUAGGAUAACUAAUGGGUAUUAUUAGAGAGUUCUUUAGAUAAAUUGGAAUUAAUAAAUUGUGGUUUAAACCAACAUAUAAUCCAUAUACCGAGCCGAGUAUGGAAAUUUAUGGAUAUCAUCCUGUUCUAAAAAAGAAAGUAGAGAUAGGCAAUUCUGGUGUGUUUAGACCUGAAAUGUUGGCACCUCUUGGAUUUCCAGAAGAUGUGAAUGUAAUUGCAUGGGGAUUGGGAUUGGAAAGACCCACUAUGAUUUAUUACGACAUUCGAGAUAUUAGAACUAUGGUUGGACCAGAAGUCAAAGUUGAAACUGUUAGAUCUAAUGCUUUCUGUGUCUUUGAAAGUAAGUGA